AUCCAGUCCACCACGCCGUCGGCAGCGUCCCCAAAUUUCACGAGGCAAACCAAAGCGGCAGGCUGAAAUUGGAGGGGCAAACCCCUCCAACCGCGGCGCAGGGUUCUCCGUCUCGUCGCCGCCGCCUCCGGGAAGCUUCCACCCCGCCGGGACUGGGCCAUGGAGGCGCCGUUUGUCUACCUCCGCCCCACCGUCGAGGACGACGGCACCGGUGAGCAGGCUCUCAUGAAGGCCGCCCUCGACGGCAACCUCGGCCGCCUCAAACGUAUUGUAAAGAAACUUACCAAAAGAAAUGGCGACCUGUCGGCCAUUUUUUCUAUCAACACGAACGGAUGUAAUGUGUUGCAUCUCGCAGCAUGCGAAGGCCAUUUGGAGGUUUGCAGGUACCUAGUGGAGGAGCUUGGAGGAGAUGUAAAUGCUCCUGGGGGUGGAGAUGUAGCUGAAGGUGCGACUCCAUUUAUGUUGUCUGCUCAGUCUGGUCAUGUUUCUACUGUCAAGUAUUUUCUUGAUCAUGGUGGUGAUCUCGUGAAAGGACUUAACAAAGGACGGACAGUUCUCCACCAUGCUGUGUGUAUAGGAUGCUGCAAGGUGACAGAGUUCCUCCUGUCAAAAGGAGUGCCUGUUGACAUAGACUGUGGCCAUGGAACACCACUCUAUAUGGCUGCUAUAAAUGAGCAGGAUAAGACAGUGAAGAUUUUGUUGGACCACCAUGCAAAUCCUAACAUCAUUAUCAGCGGUGCUAACAGUCCCCUUAUGAGUGCUCUUGUUUACCGUUCAUUGAAGUGCAUGAAGCUACUCAUUAAGUUGGGUAGGUUGCCAGUAGAGCUUGCUGCGAUACGCGAUUGCAUGGAAGAGGUUGAAAUGUUGUUUCCUGUGACUUCUCCAAUUCCAAAUGUCCCAAACUGGAGUAUUGAAGGAGUAAUUUCUCAUGCAAAAAUUGAAGAAAAGAAGCCAAUUGAGCAACGGCACCUUGAAAGAAGAAAAAGUUUGUUCAAGUCACAUGCUGAUAAGGCAUUCAAGCAGAAGGACUAUAAGAUGGCAACAAAGUUCUAUGAUUUGGCAAUAGAGCAUGCAGAGAGUGCAACACUGUAUGCAAACAGGAGUCUUUGUAAACUGCUCAUGGAUGAUGGUGAAGGUGCUUUGUCAGAUGCUCUCAUGUGCAGAAUGCUGCGACCUGAUUGGGCAAAAGCUUGCUACCAUCAAGGUGCAGCUCACAUGCUACUCAAGGAGUAUAAACAAGCCUGUGAUGCUCUCUUGGACGCACAAAAUUUGGAUCCUGGGAAUGCCGAAAUCAAGGGUGAACUACGGAAGGCUAGGGAACUCAUGAAGAACCCUCCGGGCAAAGGCGAGCAGUGAGACACCGACUCCGGGGAUGCAACAUGUUCGAUGAUAAUAAUGAUGCAGCUGACGACGAUGUGGGUUGACAAGGGCAGCGAUACACCAGCGCACGGCUGUGUGGCUUAGAGCUGGUCCGGAUGUUGUUAUGGCACUGAGCAAUGCUGAAGGUAAUGAACCCUCUUGAUCAAUGAAAUUUAUCCUUCCCGCAAAUGAAAAAAGGACAACGAUACAAUGAGCUGAGAUGCGUUUACAAAGGGAGAAAACAUGCUUCGGCUGCAUUUUGUCUGUUGUCUCGGUUGCAUUGUGUGUUUCAAAUGUACCACGGCCAACUCUUAGAACUGGCAAAUGUUUACUCCAAAGCUACAUCCUAAACUA